AUGUAUUCUACUGGACCAGUUAACCUACUAGUGUGGCCAAUUCCUGCUGGGCGAGAGGAUAGUAUUAUACGCUUAACGGCAUUUGGACAAAAGGCCAGGAAUGCCCUAUAUAUUUCUCGCAUCUUUCGUGUCGAGCUUACUACGGAGAAAAAGAUCCAACGGAUAUGGGACGAGAUUAUGAAAGACUAUGGGUGGAUCUCAUCAGCUGAAAAGAUGGGCUUGAAGCCUAUUUUGGUUGGCCAUGGCUUAUAUUGUCUCUGCUAUGGGCCGCCAGAAAAAGAGUGCUACCUUGUCCUCGCUGAUGGAGAUUGGGAUGGAGAUCUGAGAUAUGAGAGACCAAAUAUCCUCGACUGCCUCCUGCGACAUGACUUUAACAAGGAGACCAAUGAGGUCACUUUCAAGAAUUCGAAUAUUAUUCUCAACAUUGGUGCGCAAAUUGCGGCGAGAGAUUGUAUCACAGCCCCUCCGAGGAAGCUCUUCUCCAAAAGAGUCGUGUCCUCCGCUACACUUGUCUGGGGUGAGACUGCCCUGCGCAAAAUUUCACGCCACGAUGUUACUGGAGCGAGACAAAAGGUCACCCUCGAUAGCGUGAGCAGGAAUUGUUUUUUCGAGUUGUCUGAUAAGAACUGGCGUUGGGACCAGCUGUUCCAAGACCCGUCUACACUGCACGACCCGUUUACACGACACUCUCCGUUUACACGAUACCCCAAUCCUGCUAAGCGACGGAUUACUUAAGUCGCUUCAACGCAGACAGUUUUAUUCGACCUACAGAGGGCCUCCUGGGAUACCUAGGCGAUUCGUGCGUUAGGGUAUACAAAUUCUAGUGGUUGAUAAAUGAGAAGCAAAUGAGAAGGUCAA